CGUUCUUGAAGUUCAUGUCUUUAGAAGAGCUGACAUGAAGGACAUUGCCGAACAAGUUUCCUAUAUCUAUGUGCAAACAGAUCAUCAAAGAGGUUUAUUGUAUCGAAACCUGCUCAUGCUCAUACGGUUUCCACCUCAAGUUUCAGUUUUCAGAGCUCUUUCCCUCGUAUCAUCGCUUCCCUCAAUGUGGAUGUUGCCUUUAGCGCUUGUGAAACAGGGGGACCAGCUCCCCCGGGUUAGCGCGCCACCUCCCCUCGAUCAUGUCCGGGGAUUACAUUUCUAGUGCUCUUUUUUUGCCAGGCCUUGAUACCCGCGCUGGGUUUCCGGGCUCCCAUUGAGUUGUGGAUGUGCAUAUAGCGAUCCCCCAUUCCGUUCUCCGAUAUGAUAUAUGACCAUCGGCACGGUGAUCUCGGAUACCAGAGGAUAUAAGUACCGCAGCUGUGCCUUGGACUGCGGGACCACUCGUC